AUGCGUUCUGAAGAAACCCAGAAACUCAAUCCAACCCCUCUCCCAGAUGACUCCAACUUACAAUCUCCCACCACCCCAGAUUCAAAAACCCAGAUCGUAAUGACCCACCAAAAAAACUCCAUAAAAACCAACCUUUUAUCGCUCAUUCUUGAACCAUUUCAAUGGAUCCAAAUGCUUUCUUCCAAACUAAACCCCACCUUUGUUCUUGGUGUAGUUCUUGUCUAUGGCCUCAGCCAAGGCUUUUCUGGAUCUUUCUUCAAAGUGGUCUCAGAUUAUUACUGGAAAGAUGUCCAAAAAGUUCAACCAUCAGCUGUGCAAUUGUUUAUAGGACUGUAUUAUAUUCCAUGGGUCAUGAAGCCCAUUUGGGGUCUCUUGACAGAUGUUUUUCCGGUGAGAGGGUAUAAGCGCCGGCCGUAUUUCAUACUUGCCGGCGUUUUGGGGGUGGUUUCUACCCUGGUGGUAGCGUUGAGUGGGAAGCUGGCGGUGGCGAUGGCUUUGGUUUGUUUGCUGGGAAUGACAGCUGGGGUAGCCAUUGCAGAUGUGACCAUUGAUGCUUGCAUUGCAAGAAAUAGUAUUGCGAUCAGGGAGUUGGCUCCGGACAUGCAAAGUCUUUGCAGUUUUUCUUCAUCCGUUGGUGCUCUUGUGGGUUAUUCCACAAGUGGCUUCUUUGUUCAUCAUCUUGGAGCUCAGGUUUCAUUGGGGCUGUUGGUAAUACCAUCAGCUUUACUGAUAAUGCUAGGUUUUGUGAUAUAUGAAUUGAAAACAGCUGAUGAUCUUCAUUCUGACAACAAAAAGAGGCUCUAUCUGGAGGCAGGGGGAGCAUCCUCCAACUUGCAUAUAUUGGGUGUUGUGCUUAUAUUAAAUUAUUAA